AUGAACAAUGCCAGUUCCAGAGGAUAUUUCAUCCUGAUAGGUUUUUCUGACCAGCCUCAGCUAGAGAAUAUCCUAUUUUGGACUAUCCUGAUAUUUUAUUGCUUGACCAUUGUGGGUAACAUGACUAUCAUCCUGAUCUCCUGCCUGGAACCUAGACUCCAUACUCCCAUGUAUUUCUUCCUCUCCAAUCUUUCCCUACUAGAACUCUGUUUCACCACCAGUAGUAUUCCUCAGAUGUUGGUCAACCUCUGGGGACCAGAGAAGACAAUCAGUUACAUUGGUUGUGCCAUUCAGCUAUAUGUAUUCUUAUGGCUUGGAGCCACUGAGUGUAUUCUACUUGUUAUCAUGGCUGUAGAUCGCUCGGUAGCAAUCUGUCGACCAUUACAUUAUGUUGCUAUCAUGCACCCCCGCCUCUGUCUUCAGCUGGUAAUCCUUGCUUGGGGAAGUGGCCUGAUUCAAUCAAUGAUCCAGGUACCAUCUACCUUACAUUUGCCUUUCUGCCCUCACCACAGAGUGGAUGACUUUGUAUGUGAGGUACCAGCCAUGAUUCGUCUGUCUUGUGGGGACACUGUUUAUAAUGAGAUUCAACUAUCUAUAUCUAGCAUCAUUCUCUUGGUAGUGCCUUUGGUCUUCAUUCUGAUCUCCUAUGGUGCCAUCACCAAAGCAAUCCUAAAGGUGAAGUCCACUGCUGGACAGAGAAAGGCAUUUGGCAUCUGUGGUUCCCACCUUUUAGUGGUAUCCCUCUUUUAUUGCACUGUCACAGCUGUCUACCUUCAACCUAAGGGCCAAUAUAAUCAUAAACAAGGAAAGGUCUUUACCCUCUUCUACACUGUAGUCACCCCCACUCUUAAUCCUCUGAUCUACACUUUAAGGAAUAAGGAAGUAAAGGUGGCAUUAAGACGGGUUAAGAACAAGGGAAAGGAUAGAGGAUCUGGGAAUGCUAUUGCUAAUUAUCUAAGGAGAUGA